GAGCACCCGGCUUCCUCGGGACUCGCCGGCUCCGGGCCCGCUCGGUGGUGCAGGCGCCAGACGGCCUGGGGGACCAUGGCCCGCGCGGCCCUGCAGUACGCCGGGCUGCUGCUGGGCGGCGUGGGCCUGGUGGGCACGGUGGCGGUCACCGUCAUGCCGCAGUGGAAGGUGUCCGCCUUCAUCGGGGCCAACCUGGUGGUGUUCGAGAGCCUGUGGGAGGGGCUGUGGAUGAGCUGCAAGAGCCAGGCCCCCUUCCGGCUGCAGUGCAAGGUCUACGACUCGCUGCUGGCCCUGCCGCCCGACCUGCAGGCGGCCCGCGGGCUGAUGUGCGCGGCGGCCGUGCUGGCCGCGCUGGCCUUCGCCGCGGCCGUCCUGGGCAUGAAGUGCACACGCUGUGUGGGGGACGACGACGCGGCCAAGAGCCCCCUGCUGCUGGCGGCCGGAGUCACGUUCGUCCUCGCGGGCCUGGUGGCGCUCACGCCCGUGAGCUGGGUGGCCAGCGGCGUCGUCCGGGACUUCUACAACCCCACGCUGGACGACGGCCGGAAGCGGGAGCUGGGCGAGGCGCUCUACCUGGGCUGGGCCUCGGCGCUGGCCCUGGUGGCCGCGGGGGCCGUCCUGUCCUGCGUCUCCUACGCCCGCGGGGAGAGCCGCAGCUACAGGUACUCCCUGCCCCCCCAGCGCGCGACCCCCCGGAGCGGCCCCUCGGAUAAGAAGCCGCUGAGCGUGUACUCCAGGAGCCAGUACGUGUAGGCGGCGCCUGUUUGCACUCGGCCCACGGAGCCACGCGCCUGGCCCCGA